AUGGCCGCCAUCUACUCCUCCAAGAACAACGGCCUCUCCGUCGACGAGUUCACCGCUCUCGUCUCCGCCACAUUCGACACUUCUUCCCCUCAUCUUGAUCUCGACGGCGCACCCUCCCCCUUCUCCGUGUUCGAGGACGACGACGACGGCGACAACCUCGCCUCGACCUCGACCUCUCCCCGCCAACUUCGACCCCGCCACUCGGCUUUCAACAUCUUGCGCAAGGUCAAGUCCAGGGCCACGAACCUCGUUCAAGGCAAUCUCACCCCCGCCCUGCCUCCUUCAUACUCUACGGAUCUCCUUUCUCCCAGCGGUACCCCUCUACUUUCUGUCCCGCCACUUAGGUCGGCCACCUCAUUCUCGACCCAUCGUCGUGGUCAUCGUCCACGCUCACAGUCGAUACCUAGCGUGCUUGCUGCUUUUUCUCAGCCUUCACGGCCAUCUAGGCCGUCACUGGAGUCACGUUCAUUCUUGGAUGAGGACUGCUAUGCCUCAGCAGACACUACUCUUCGACCAUCGACCCUCGGUUCCUAUCUUGGUCAUGAUAUGCAACGCUCGUUUGUACGGCCACACACACCAGCUGGAUCUCCCAGGAGUCAAGGACGGACAUCCGACUCACGAUCAGACUGUAAUGGUUCUCCUCAGACUAGUCCAGGCAAGCGUUCUAUCGCGUCCAAACUGCGCAACCUCUCGCGCGGAAAGCGUGUUUCUCCCAUAAUUUCAUCUUCGACCACCUUCGACCCAGGAAUGUCUCCUCCCGAAGCUCCCUACACUCCGACUUCCGACUUCUUCCCUACGCCAACCCUCACUUAUUCUUCCGUUACUGCGUCGCCAACGGACACCACCACCACACUCUCCCAACAAUAUUCUCUCUCUUAUGUCCCGUCGGUCGGCGAUGAUGACCGCGAUGAUCGUGCAGAAGCUCUCGACGUGGAUCGUGUACUCACACCAGAAGACGACCCGUUCCGCCGAGACUCGGAUGUUCACGUCCUCCCGUCGGACCCAUGCUAUUCUCACCAGGCAUCUCCUUCGCGCAAGGGCCCGUCAUCAUUGCGAUCCAAAGCCUCCAAGCGUACUGAUGACGCCACUCGCCUAGACAGGCUCCGUCGACUGGAGAUUGGUGCACACUGGCCUCUUCAUGGACCUUCAUCUAGCAAUGGUCAAACGCGGGCGGGAAAGAAGUCAAUCUCACGUUCGCGCUCUUCGCCUAUGCUUUCUAGUCCUGAAACUUUCGACAUGAGCGUUUUCCCGAGCCCUCCCGUUUGUGGUUCGGUACAAAACCUUAUGCCCUAUCAUGCGGCGGGAUAUGGACCUGUUUUAUUGCCACAACCACGACGGCCGAGCGCAACGACACCGUUCAUCGACCCAGGAUCGUCGAGGUCAAGUACUACGCUCAUGGGUCGGGACUCUGUUACGCCUACACCUAUGUCUUCGCAUCAUUCUAUUCUCCAGCCUACCCCCUGCCCUUACACGACCUCGCGCCCCUCUUCCUCCCACUUGAUUGCGUUUCCCUUAUCGCCCGACUCUGUAAACGGCAGGCGGAGCCUUGGAGAAAGCGUCAACAGUCUCACUCUCAGAGUUGCCACGCCUCUGUCGUUGAUGCCACCCGCUAGGCCACCGCCCAACAAGCCAUUACCCAGCCUCCCACCUCGAGUUCCCGCAUCUUCUGUCGUCAAGAAGAAGUCUUCCAAGAGUUUAAUCCCACCGUCUGCCAUGAAACACGGUGGUGAAAGCGACAAACCGAAGGGUAUGGGCGCUGGGCUCAGAGUUCGCGUGGAUAGCCUGGGGAAGAGAUUCAAGAGGGACGACAGAGUCCUGAUGGCGCCUCCCCGAGAGGAGCCGAUUCCUCAGGUGCCGUUUUUGAGGAGGGAGUUAUGGAAAGAUUGGACCAGUAUCGGGAAAUUUUCUGCUGAGAAGAGAAUGCGAAAGGGUAUCAUCCCAGACACUCCCGUCGUACCGACAGUCACCGGGGACUACGUCUUGACGAGCGCUGGGUGUGAUUCCGAGGGUGUUUCGGGUUCCCAGUCCGAGAAGGCCCGUAAGACCAUUUCUGUGGGCUCGUACGCUACGACUGACACGCGCGUGUCCGUCGUCUCUUCUGAAUUCGGUGCUGGAUCGUCCUCCACAUCUGCUACCUCCCUCUCCGUUGCUCCUGAAUCGAUCUGCCAUUCUUCCUGUCGCCCCGAAUCUCUCUCGCAAGCGACUCUUGUCACCGUUUCCUCCCCAGUGACCAGCUCGAUCGGCCUGUCAACCUCUCCCCAAUUGUCUCGUCCACCGACUCUGGCCCAUCAAUACAAGUUCCCCAGUCAAGUCCAUGGCGCAGGCAGCAGGCGCGAGUCGGAAGCCGAAGAUGAUGCCGAGUCGUACUACAGUGCACCUUCGAGGCCACUUUCGCAACUCGGCUUCAGUGUCGGGCAUCCUGUGACGCCAUCGGAGGUUUACCUCGUUCAUGGUCCUGUACGUUCUGUAUGGUCUGGCCAGACACGGACGAUCAAGCUUCGAGAGGGCGAGACUUUACUGGUCAAAGCAAACGGCUGGGGUGAUUUGAGGCAGUUGUCAGAUGAGCGUGGAAGUGUCGUCGUCGUCACAGAAGGGUUUGGUGAUGAUUGGGACGUUAGGAAGAUCGAGGUCGACGUCGUAUCCUCCACUGAAUCGGGCACCGAAGACUCGGUAGAGGUCUCGGUUCGCCUUUCCUCCCUCGGUACCAGCAUACGUCCCGUCCCUCUUCCUCGGUCUGGUCUACGCGAAGACGUUUGGUAUGCGGGCCUGCCCCACGCCUCAAGCACUUCUCUAAUUCGGAUAGACGAAACGGAAUUCCUCGGUGCUCGUUCUUCGGUGGAUUCUCAAUCUGGCGCUCAUCGUGGAUCGGAGGAUGUAGAACUUGUCGAUUCAUCGGAGGAAAGAGUCGAUAGUGAGACUAUGGCGGAUAGGAAGUCGGAGCGAGGAGGAGGGAAGAGGAGGGUUAUGUUCCAGAUGGAGGUGCCCGUGAGGUUGAGCGACAUGUUGAGGAGGGUAGAGGGUGCAGUAUUCGGUGAUGUUCGUAGAAGUUGCGAUGUAGUCGAGAAGAGUGGCUGUGUGCUGAGACUGUCCGCUUCGAUCUCCUGCGCUUUGCCCAACAAUUUGACUGGCUUGAUUCCUGGUCUCUUUGGCUGGACGGUUUUCGGCGUCCGCACUUAUACCCUGCCGUUGCACUUCGCUUCCGUGAUGCUCUUUCGUCGCCCCUUUGUCCCGGCCGCCGGUACCUUCGUCGGUUCAAACCGUUACAGUCUUUGUGCUAUGUCCCUUCCUGAAUACCUCAAGCAUCCAUUUCAUUUGACGACUGUUGAAGGACAAAAGUAUCGCAAAGAGGAAGGGGUGGGUCGUGGCGUGUUGUUCAGUCACUUCGAAAACAUGCCAGGCUCCCCAGGCCCCCCAACAGACGCGGGCCUACCUACCAAACUUGCUUCAAAUUUCACCAUCCACCUAUGGCUCACUCCGUAUUUCCCGCAAAAAAAGAGCGAGCGUCAUCAAAGGGGGCAUCAUUUCGUUCGCAAACUAGCUAAACGAGUCAACGGGGGUAGCGACGAGGGGCGAAAACGACAGACACUGCAGUGUCCUGGUCAAAUAAUAAGGGUGGAUAAGUCGGUAUGGGAGGGCACCGGAGGAGGCAUCGGUGGUGGCGGCAGCGAAUGGAGCAGAGUGGGGAUCGAGUGGGGAAUGGGUGUAGGAGCGGAAGAUGGCUUUUCCAGAAGAAUAGAGGAAGAGGAUGAGGGCUGA